GAAGAAGAAGAAAAUGAUGGAAACAAAAUUGAAGUUAUUGAUUUGGAUAGUGAUGAUGAUGAUGAUGAUCAGCAGCAACAACAACAAACCAAACAAUCGAUUGUUGAAAAUAAUGGCGGAAUAUCGGAAGUUAGUUCAUCACAUCCAGGUUCAUCAUCAUUAUCAACAACGACAACAACAUCUGCCAAUAAUAAUUUUGCUACAGCAGCAACUACGACAACAACAAUGGCUGCUGAUGAUAGUAAUGAUAUGCCAACAACUUAUGGAAUAAAUCAACCAACAUGUUCGGUUGCUGAUGGAUCAUCAUCGAAUUUGAAUAUUGUAAAAGGAUCACAACCACAAUCAUCAAUGGCUAAAACUUCUGAAGCAAUGAUUACAUCUCAAAGUUCAUCAUCGAUUACUGCCAUGGAUCAUUUGCCACAACAUCAUCAACAACAACAAUCAACGGAAUCGAUUACUCCAUCAUCAUCGACUGCAUCAUUAUCAUCAUCAUCGCAACAGCAAUCAUCACAACAACAGCAUCCACGAAUUCAACGAAAACCUGUAUUAUGGACGGAUAAUCCACAAAGAUUGCAACAACAAGCAUCAAAUCGUGGUCAAAUUAUGCAGCAUGGUCAUCGAAUGCGAAAUCCACAUCAACAACAACAACAACGUCAACAAAUGCAUCAGCAGCCACCUGAACAGCAAAAUAUUCGUGGAUUACCGAGACCACCACGUCGUGGUAUUAAUCGUAAUCGAAGAAAUUUUCGAUUUCAAUAAAUUUGAUUGAUUGA